AUGCUAGCUAAAACGAUGAGCGGGCUAGUGAAGAGGAAGUUUGAGGAUGUCUAUGAGGAGGACCCGUGCUACCCCUCCUCCCUGUCCUCUUCGGCCUACUCCGGAUGGGACUCGGCUGGGGAGAGCUGCUACUCAGACACCCUGGACUCAACACCCAGCAACCCUGGCUCUCCCGACACGCAUUACAACGGUGAGGAUCUAGUCUAUUGAAUCCACCUUCACUAUGUCAUGGCCGUGUCUGAUAGUGCCUGGAUUGGUAGUGCCUGCAGCUCAUUAAAACAGUCUUACUGCCUUACACAGAACAGCUCAUUAAAACAGACUUACUGCCUUACAGAACAGCUCGUUAAAACAGUCUUACUGCCUUACACAGAACAGCUCAUUAAAACAGACUUACUGCCUUACACAGAACAGCUCGUUAAAAAAGACUUACUGCCUUACACAGAACAGCUCGUUAAAACAGACUUACUGCCUUACACAGAACAGCUCGUUAAAACAGACUUACUGCCUUACACAGAACAGCUCAUUAAAACAGACUUACUGCCUUACACAGAACAGCUCGUUAAAACAGACUUACUGCCUUACACAGAACAGCUCGUUAAAACAGACUUACUGCCUUACACAGAACAGCUCGUUAAAACAGACUUACUGCCUUACACAGAACAGCUCAUUAAAACAGACUUACUGCCUUACACAGAACAGCUCAUUAAAACAGACUUACUGCCUUACACAGAACAGCUCGUUAAAACAGUCUUACUGCCUUACACAGAACAGCUCGUUAAAACAGACUUACUGCCUUACACAGAACAGCUCAUUAAAACAGACUUACUGCCUUACACAGAACAGCUCAUUAAAACAGACUUACUGCCUUACACAGAACAGCUCGUUAAAACAGACUUACUGCCUUACACAGAACAGCUCGUUAAAACAGACUUACUGCCUUACACAGAACAGCUCAUUAAAACAGACUUACUGCCUUACACAGAACAGCUCGUUAAAACAGACUUACUGCCUUACACAGAACAGCUCGUUAAAACAGACUUACUGCCUUACACAGAACAGCUCAUUAAAACAGACUUACUGCCUUACACAGAACAGCUCGUUAAAACAGACUUACUGCCUUACACAGAACAGCUCAUUAAAACAGACUUACUGCCUUACACAGAACAGCUCGUUAAAACAGUCUUACUGCCUUACACAGAACAGCUCGUUAAAACAGACUUACUGCCUUACACAGAACAGCUCGUUAAAACAGACUUACUGCCUUACACAGAACAGCUCGUUAAAACAGACUUACUGCCUUACACAGAACAGCUCAUUAAAACAGUCUUACUGCCUUACACAGAACAGCUCAUUAAAACAGACUUACUGCCUUACACAGAACAGCUCAUUAAAACAGUCUUACUGCCUUACACAGAACAGCUCAUUAAAACAGACUUACUGCCUUACACAGAACAGCUCAUUAAAACAGACUUACUGCCUUACACAGAACAGCUAAUUAAAACAGACUUACUGCCUUACACAGAACAGCUCGUUAAAACAGACUUACUGCCUUACACAGAACAGCUCAUUAAAACAGACGUCUGUCUGUCUGUCUGUCUGUCUGUCCGAAUACCUUUUAUAUUCCAGGCCCUGGAGCCAUAGAUUCUCUCAACACAUUCAUUAUGUAUUAGGAUAGGUUAGAUAGGCUGUGAGCAGGUACAAGAAGAGCCAAGCUAAGAGAAGAUGAGAGACCCCCCCUCUCUCACAGACUGAUAAGAAGGUAGAACGAACUGUGGGGGGACUGUGGUAUUGAUGGGGGUUUUGGGGUCAGUGCAGGGUUGGAGAGAAGGGCAAACGGUUGUUAGGGUUCCCAGGAUGGCAGGGCAGGGAGCCAGAGAGUGAGCAGGAUGACAGAUGGCAGAGAGAACACACAGAGCCUUGUCUGGGCCCUAGGCACUCACCCAGCACAGGUGCUGCCUGCCUGCCUGGAAGAGACUGGGGAUGGAGGGAGAGAGAGAGGGAUGGAGGGAGAGAGGGUGAGAUGAGGAGAGGAAGGCAUGUUGGAGCAUGAGAUGAGAAGAGAGGAUGAUACUUUCUGUGUUCAUCUAAAGGAGAUAGUUGUUACGAUGGUUGAACACCAUUUUGAAGUGGUUGUAAAACAGACCCUAAGCGUCAGAGUGGAGCGUGUUUGUCCUCCUAUCGUUAUCAGGCGGAUGGAUGUCACACUGAAACAGGCUCCGGCUGCGUCCCAAAUGGCACCCUAUUCCCUAUAUUGCACUACUUUUGACCAGGGCCCAUAGGGUGUAGGGAGGCAGUGUGUAGUGUGAUCUGCUCUGUGGAGGCGACAGACAGCAGCACCAUCUCCUAUUUCAUGCUGGGUCAGGGUCAGGGGAGGUGAGGACAGGUUGAGGCCCAGCCGAAGGCCCUCGUACUGGGGUUAGACAUGUACCCUGUCCUGGGUCCUCUCUGGCUCUCUCCUUCUCACAUUUGGUCUUUAAUCAAAUCACGUUUAAUUCGUCACAUUCUUUGUAAACAACAGGUGUAGACUAACAGUGAAAUGCUGACCUACGGGCCUUUCCCAACAACGCAGAUUGAAAGAACAUGGAGAAAUAAUAAACACGUAAUAAUAAGUACUUAAUGAGUAACGAUAACUUGGCUAUAUGCACAGGGUACCAGUACCGAGUCGAUGUGCAGGGGAACAAGGUAAUUGAGGUAGAUAUGUACAGAUAACUAGAAAUAAAGUUUUUUUUGAGGAUCUGAGGGCCCAUGCCAAAUAUUUUCAGUCUCCUGAGGGGGAAGAUGUGUGGUCGUGUCCUCUACAUAACUGUGUUGUUGUCUUUGGACCAUGAUGGGUCCUUAGUGAUGUUGACACCAAGGAACUUGAAGCUCUCGACCAUCUCCACUACAGUCCCGUCAAUGUGGAUGGGGGCGUGCUCGGCCCUCCGUUUCCUGUAGUCCACGAUCAGCUCCUUUUGUCUUGCUGACAUUGAGGGAGAGGUUGUUGUCCUGGCACCACACUGCCAGGUCUCUGACCUCCUCCCUGUAGGCUGUCUCAUCGUCAUCUGUGAUCAGGCCUACCACAGUCGUGUCGUCUGCAAACUUAAUGAUGGUGUUGGAGUCGUGUGCGGCCACGCAGUCGUGGGUGAACAGGGAGUACAGGAGGAGACUAAGCACGCACCCCUGAGGGGCCCCCGUGUUGAGGGUCAGUGUGGCGGAUGUGUUCUUUGGGUUAGGGAGAGGUUGAAAAUGUCAGUGAAGACGCUGGUCAGCACAUGCUCUGAGUACGCAUCCUGGUAAUCUGUCUGACCCUGCGGUCCGGUGAAUGUUAACCUGUUUAAAGGUCUUACUCACGGAGAGCAAGAUCACACAGCUGUCCGGAACAGCUGGUGCUCUCAUGCAUGGUUCAGUGUUGCUUGUCUCGUAUCGAGCAUAGAAGGCAUUUAGCUUGUCUGGUAGGCUCGCGUCACUGGGCAGCUCGCGGCUGUGCUUCCCUUUGUAAUCUGUGAUAGUUUGCAAUCUCUGCCACAUCCAACGAGUGUCAGAGCCGGGGUACUGGGAUUCAAUCUUAAUCCUGUAUUGACGCUUUGCCUGUUUGAUGGUUCGUCAGAGGGCAUAGCAGGAUUUGUUAUAAAUGUCUGGAUUAGUGUCCCGCUCCUUGACAGCGGCAGCUCUAGCCUUUAGCUCAGUGCGGAUGUUGCCUAUAAUCCAUGGUUUCUAUUUGGGGUGUGUACGUACGGUCACUGUGGGGACGACGUUGUAGUUGCACUUAUUAAUGAAACCGGUGUCUGAUGUGAUAAACUCCUCAAUGCCAUCGGAUGAAUCCUGGAACAUAUUCCAGUCUGUGCUAGCGAAACAGUCCUGUAGUUUAACAUCCGCUUCAUCGGUCCACUUCCAUAUUGAGCACGUCACUGGUACUUCCUGUUUUGAGUUUUGCUUGUAAGCAGGAAUCAGGAAGAUAGAGUUAUGGUCAUAUUUGCCCCCUCAGGUCCUCCUCCCCCUCAGCCCCUCCCCCUCCUCAGCCCCUCCCCCUCUCCCCUCCUCUCCUCUCCCCUCCCCUCCUCCCCCCUCUCCCCCUCAGCUCCUCCUCCCCCUCAGCCCCUCCCCCUCCUCAGCCCCUCCCCCUCUCCCCUCCCCUCCUCCCCCCUCUCCCCCUCAGCUCCUCCUCCCCCCCCUCUCCCCCCCUUAAUGUCUCAUGUUCUUGAAAGGUCUUAAGUAAUGAGCUGUGAUAACACCAACUCUUAUCUCUCUCUCUCUAGUCAAGUCCAUCCAGAAGAAGGCUAAGCGUGAACGGCUAGGCCGGGGCAACGUGACCUUUGACAUGGUGACAGUGUUUCUCUUCCCGCGGUGCCAGGGCUUCAGCAGCGUGCCCAGUAAGGGGGGCUGUUCCCUGGGCAUGAUGCAGCACCACAGCGCCCUCCGCAGGUACACCCUGGAAGAGUACGCUGUGGAGCAACGCAUCCUCCGCCGGGAGAAACUCCUCAACCGCCUCCGAGAGGAAGAACUAGACGCUCUGAAACAGAAAGUGAGCCCUGGGACACACAUAUGGGUUAGCUAGUUAUGAAGCUUAUAUGCAGCUGUGUGUCUGCUGGUGAAAGGCUUUAUUUCUGAUAGUGUAAAGGUUUGAGUUCUAUAACAAGACUCUGAGUCGAGGUUAAACACCUACUGUUAACUUUUGGAAGUGUUCUAGCUCUCUUGUCUUGAGAGAACCCACACACAUGCAUCACAAUUAUCCUAACCCCCCCCCCCCCCCGUCUCUCCUUCCCAGCUGACUAAGGGAGGCACGGUGGAGUCAGAGGAGGCGGACUGCCUCACCGUCGAAGACAUCCCAGAGGACGAGAUGGACAUCAGCAGUUGUAACCUAGACGACGGCUCCUUCCUCCACCCCUACCCCUCCAAGCGGAGACACGCCCUGCUGAAGGCCGCGGGGGUGAAGAAGAUCGAUAAGGAGGAGAAGAGGCAGCUCCAGCAGCUGAGAGUGUCCAGGGAGGACUGUGGCUGUGACUGUCAGGGCUUCUGUGAGCCAGAGACCUGCGCCUGCAACCUGGCGGGCAUCAAGUGUCAGGUAAGACACAUUGCUAAUAAAAACUCACAUAUGAACAUUUCUUCAACUUCAAUGUUAACAGUAAACUGACCUCUCAUGUUUAAAUACUUUAUAUUCCUAACAAUAUGAGCAGAACCUAUUGCAGUGGUUAGUUGUCCACUGUAAUACGACAUGCUGUACCCUCCGUGACAAAGCAGAUCCUGAUUUUAACGUCCUCUUCUCCCCAGAUGGACCACUCGUCAUUUCCCUGCGGCUGCACUAAGGAUGGCUGCGGUAACCAGGAAGGUCGCAUAGAGUUCAACUCCAGCCGGGUUCAGACCCACUACAUCCACACCAUCAUGAAGCUAGAGCUGGAGAAGAGACUGGAGGAGACGUCUGGACCAGAGGAAGAGGACCCGGGAGAGACCACCCCAGCCCCGGGCCACGCCCAUAACCCCCUGUCCGACCUCUCCUCCAUCCCAGAUGGCCCCUCCUUCUACUUCAGCUCAGAGCUUGCGGAGGUCGGGGAGAACAGCUGUAGCAGCGACAUGACGGACUCCUCUGCCUCCUCGGGGGCGAGUGAGGACUCAGAGGAAGGGGCGGGAUUAGGGGCGGGGUUAGGCCGGGAGGACGGCCCCCUGCUGGAUGAUGUGGAUGAGAACGGACUGAGCCGCAUCCUCAGCUUCAGCGACAUCACCAACGACAACGACUAUAACGUAAAUAACUACAUUGUUAAUGACAACCGCUGUUGCCCCGAGCAACGGCUACAGCAGCAGCCAUUGUCCAUGACGACAACAACGUGGAUGUUGGGAGGGUUUAGCACGGCAGACUUCUCAGAGGAGGUGUACACAGACAACAGGGCCAUGGCUAUAUCACAACUGUUAGAUGAUAACGCUAACCAAGGCAACUGUCUGUUCCACCACAGCGGCUGCAGAAUCCCCAACCCCCCCUCUCCCUCAGUAGGCCGCCCCAACCCCCCCUUUCACUCAGUAGACCGCCCCAACCCCCCCUCUCCCUCAGUAGACCGCCCCAACCCCCCCUCUCCCUCAGUAGACCGCCCCAACCCCCCCUCUCCCUCAGUAGACCGCCCCAACCCCCCCUCUCCCUCAGUAGACCGCCCCAACCCCCCCUCUCCCUCAGUAGGCCGCCCCAACCCCCCCUCUCCCUCAGUAGACCGCCCCAACCCCCCCUCUCCCUCAGUAGACCGCCCCAACCCCCCCUCUCCCUCAGUAGGCCGCCCCAACCCCCCCUCUCCCUCAGUAGACCGCCCCAACCCCCCCUCUCCCUCAGUAGACCGGCCCAACCCCCCCUCUCCCUCAGUAGACCGGCCCAACCCCCCCUCUCCCUCAGUAGACCGCCCUGCUGCCAGCUACAUGGACCUCAGCCUGAUCUCAGAGUCUGACCUGGAGUUCUUUGAUGGUUUCUGUCUGGGUCCUUCCUCCCUCUACAGCUCCCUAAAGGACCAACACAUGGACAACUUUUUUCACUUCCAGUUGCCUAGUUACCCCAGCAGCCAAUCACAGGCCAGUGACCCUGGGACCUGCUUCCUGGAGUCUCUGAUUGGUCUGUCAGAAUCUGUCCCAGAACCCCCUGCAACAUUCACAGACAAUGAGCUGUUGGAGGAAGCCGUCAGGGGUUAA